AUGAGGAAUGGCACGGCGAUCACAGAGUUCAUCCUCCUGGGCUUCCCUGGUGUCCAAGGACUACAGAUCCCUAUCUUUACAGUCGUCUUUUCCAUCUACAUAGUAACCCUUGCAGGCAAUGGGCUCAUUAUUGCCAUUGUCUGGGCUGAGCCCAGGCUACAGAUUCCAAUGUACAUCUUCCUUUGCAACUUGUCCUUCCUGGAGAUCUGGUACACCACCACGGUCAUCCCAAAACUGCUGGAAACGUUUGUGGUGGCGAGAGCAGCUAUCUGCACCCUCUGCUGCCUGCUGCAGUCCUUCUUCCACUUCUUCCUGGGCACCACUGAGUUCUUCAUUCUCACUGUCAUGUCUUUUGACCGCUACCUGGCCAUCUGCAAGCCCCUUCGCUACCACACCAUCAUGACCAGCAAACUCUGCCUGCAACUGUCCCUCAGCUCCUGGGUGGUGGGCUUCACCAUUGUGUUUUGUCAGACAAUGCUGCUCAUCCAGUUGCCGUUCUGUGGCAACAACGUCAUCGAUCAUUUCUACUGUGAUGUUGGUCCCAUCUUGAAAGCAGCCUGUGGAGACACAAGCAUUUUGGAGCUUCUGGGUCUCUUGGCAACGGUCCUGGUAAUCCCAGGGUCACUGCUCUUCACAGUGAUUUCUUAUGCCUCUAUUCUGUCUACCAUCCUACAGAUUCCUUCAGCCUCUGGCCGCCAGAAGGCUUUCUCCACCUGUGCCUCUCACCUGACAGUUGUCUCUCUGUUUUAUGGAGCUGUCUUGUUCAUGUACCUGAGGCCCACAGCACACUCCUCCUCUAAGGUUAAUAAGGUGGUGUCAAUGCUAAACACUGUCCUCACGCCCCUCCUGAAUCCCUUCGUUUACACCAUUAGGAACAAGGAGGUAAAAGAAGCCCUAAAGAAAGCGAUGACUUUUCCGAAGCCUUGUCAUGCAGAGUCACACAUGCAACACAUCAAAAUAAAUUUAAUGCAGAUACAAAAUUAA